AUGGUGAUAGAGGUACUAGUAGUUGACUUGGAGAUUUUUCUUCUUCUCUUUUCUUUCGUUCGAUACUUUGUUCUACUCUCCAUCAGCCGAAUUCUUUCAUUUCAUUUCUUUAUGCUUUUUCAAAUUUUUCGCUUCAUCUUCGCAGUUUUCUUUCUUAUUUAUUUUUGUUUUCGCGUCUGUUUUUUUUUUUCAUUACAAAUUCUAUUUCAUUUGUUUCCCCAUCUCUUUUUUUCUUUCUUUCUUUUGCGAUUUUCUCCUACAUUUUUGAUUAUUUCUUCCUUUCUAUUUUUCUUUCUUUUUUUAUUCUCUUCUUCGCACUUCCUUCAUUUAUUUCUUUCUUUUGCAAUUCUCUUUCACUCUUUUUUCAAUCACCUCUUUGCAUCUUUUCCUUUUGCCACUACUUUUCCUUCAUUUUUCUCCCGACUCUUUCUUUCUUUCUUUCUUUCUUUUAGCAUUCUCUCCCCUACAUUAAUUUUCUCUCUCCUCUUCCCUUUUUCUUUCUUUAUUUUUCCUCUCCAUUCACUCUUUUACUUGAUUAUUUCUUCUUUUCUUUCUUUCAUGUGCAUCUCUCUUUCUCUCAUUUUUCACCUCUUUCUUUCUUUUUCUCUCGUUUUAGCAACACUUUCUUUCUUUUUUCAGUUGUCUUUCUAUCAUUUUUUCAUUAUCCAUUUUUUCUUUCUCUCAUUUUUCAUUAUCUCUUUCUUUCAUUUGAAUCUCUCUUUCUCUCAUUUUUCAUCGCCUCUUUCUUUCUUUUUCAACUCUCUUUCUCUCAUUUUUUUCCAUUUGUUUCUGUUAUUCCUUCUUCCUUUUUCACUCUUCUGUAGUUUCUUUUCUUUUCAUACACUCAUUCGUUAUAUAUUUCCCACCUUCCUCUCGCUUUUUUUUUAA